AUGGAUGCUCAGCUAUCCGACGAAGCAGAUCUGAGCUCCCUCAGUGCUUCCCUGAACGGCACGAGCCUUUCGCAACAUGUCGAAGCACAGCCCCAAGGAACAAGCCUGCUCUCAUCACCUGCCGCUCAUAGCAUGCGUGUCACCCGAAGUAUGAGUGGUACAGCUCGACCGACGGCAUCAGCUAUGAAUACUGGGCCAAACGGGCAGGUCCCGCCGCCGAGCUCGCCUAGCAAGGGUUGCAUCUACAUUGUCGACACGUCUGCGCUCUUGUAUGCGCUGCCAGUCGUGCGACGCUGGGCUAGAGAAGAAGCGCACACGCUCAUCAUACCUGUAGAAGUCAUCAAUACCCUCGACGCGCUCAAGAAACUACCGCCGCCCAUGUCCCACAAAGUCAGAGCGACGUCAAAGUACAUCGAGGAACAAUUCGCUCGCAAGUCUACUGGGCAAAGGACCAAGCUGCAUGCUCAGAUGCCUCAUCAGACCCUCCCGUGGCAAGCAAUACAUCUCGGUCAGACUCCCAGCGUGCAAGUCGCAACGCACAACUUGGACGAUACGCCGGCCUAUCUGAAGCCUCUGUUGCAAUGUGCUCGCCACUUUGAACGCUCAUCGCAGGGCGGUAAAGAUGUCAGGAUACUGUACGCGCUCGGGCCCCUCGACGAGCCUGUCGAAACACCCCGUCGUCCAGUACCGGCAAGAGCGUCGACCGCGCCUCAGUCGCCUACGAGGGCCACGAUGAAUGGCUCCAACGCCGCGCUCGAGAAGAAUCUGCACCAUCUGAACGGUAACUCGGUGCAAUGGAAUGAUUCGAUAUCUCUCAGGGCGGCAGCAGACGCGCGAAACAGAGCGCUCGCAGCUCGCGGUGCUGGCCAUACGAUGGCAGCAAUAGCACCUCUCUUCGAUAUCAAGACCCGUGAGAUCACUGUCGACGAACUAUCCGAGGCAAAGGCUGCUUUUGCAGAAUGGCAGCAAGGCCAAGCGACGGGCAACGUCAGCGCUCCCAGCUCGCCCUUUCUUGAUGCAACAGCUCAUGCGUCAACAACGCCCGUCAAGAAGCAACAACGAGCUCGAAGACCGUUGCCGGAUGCAAACCGCAGCUUGUACGUUCCCUGA